AUGGGAUCAUCACUGUCAAUUUUUGCGAGCAUUUGGAAUAGAUUUUUUAAUAAUGCUGAAUAUAAAGUUAUUAUUGUUGGUUUAAAUGCAGCAGGUAAAACUACAACAUUAUAUAAAUUAUUAUUAGAUGAAGUUGUAUCAACAACACCAACAGUUGGUAGUAAUUUAGAAGAGUUUGUAUAUAGGAAUAUUAGGUUAUUAAUGUGGGAUUUAGGUGGGCAAGAUCUUCUUAGAUCAACAUGGAAUCAAUAUUAUAUUAAUACACAAGCUGUAAUAUUAGUAAUUGACAGUACCGAUCGUGCAAGAGUAAAUCUAAUUAAAGAAGAGUUAUUCAAAAUGUUGGCUCAUGAAAAUUUAAAGAAAUCAAUCAUUUUAAUCUAUGCAAAUAAACAAGACUUAAAGGAUGCAAUGUCUCCAACUGAAUUAUCCACUUUACUUUCACUUCAUUCAAUUAAAGAUCAUGAUUAUCAUAUUCAAGCAUGUUGUGCUUUAACAGGACAAGGUCUCGAAUCAGGUUUGGAUUGGUUAGUUUCACACAUAAACAAAUCUUAA